AUGAGAACUUUAGUAGAAGUCUCAAUAUGGAGGACAGUGGACGGUAGUGAUGAGAAUUUUUCUGUGUUUUUCACUGAAAACAUAAUGCCUAGAAGACGAAAUGGAGAGUUGCCGUUACCGAGUGGAUGGGAAAUUGGACACGAUUACGACGGAAAGAUCUAUUUCAUCGAUCACAACAAUAAGAAAACGACGUGGAUAGAUCCGAGAGAUAGUUAUACCAAGGCCCAGACAUUCGCCGAUUGCGUCGGCCAUGAACUUCCUUAUGGGUGGGAGGAAUGCUACGAUCCACAAAUUGGUGUUUACUACAUUGAUCACAUUAAUAAGCAAAACCAAAUUGAGGACCCCAGAUUAGCAUGGCGGCAAGUUCAGGAGGCUAUGCUCUCCGAGUAUCUGUGUUCAGCUCAGAACGACCUGAGUGCCAAACAGGACAUUAUGCAGGUCAAGGCUCAGCGCCUGGCAUUAGCGCAAGACGAGUAUCAUCAUCUCAACACUACUCUUACCAACCUUUUUAGCUCAAGAUCCUCAUUAAGUUCGAGUGGCAGUGGUGCUGGACGUUAUGAUACAGAUUUGCUCAAGGCAGACGUAGCUCUGGCCAGGAGUCGUGUUAGUCGUCUAAAAAGGGAACUUCAUCAGAUAAAGCAUGAGGUUGCAAACACUGAGGCUGGCAUGCAGACAUUGGCACAAGUUCAAGAAAAGUUGAGUGGUUUAACCACACCUUACAGUAUAGAGCAGGCACAAGUUAUUGUUGCAGAGCUGAAAAACAUCGAAGAAUCUUUACGAGCGGGAGAAAAGGAGAAAGCUGAGCUUAUCAAAUCUUUGAAUGUGUUAAGAGAAGACAUUAUUGCAUCUGAAACUACCCAAGCUAUAGAAGUAAAUCUUGAAAAGGCAGCUGAGAAGUAUAGCACAGCCUCACAGACUGACUUUUGUGGCGAGGGAAUGCCCCUCGGAGCAAGGUUAGCUGAACUUACGAGACUCAAGUUGGAAUAUGACUCUGCUAAAAGCACACUCAAAGGGUUGCAACAUGACUUGGCAGGAUUAGAGGAAAAGCUGUCUCCUGAAGAUCUCCAAGGUGACAGGGAUAGAGUUGUACUCAUUCAAGAAAAGGAGCAGCUACUACGGGAGUAUCGAAGUGUUCGUUCAUAUACUCGUGACCCUUUACAGGUGUGUGAAUUAGAUGAAAAAAUAAAUCAAUUGGAGUGUGACUUAGCAAAAGCUUUAGAGGUUAGCAAUAAAGCUGUGGCGGAGCGGCUGUCCCUGCAGGAACAUAGACAGGAACUACUGUGCAGGUUGCGUGAUACUGUACGCAUCAUGGUUAGUCUGGAGGGACAGCUGCGUUCUCUGUCGGCAUCUACUCUUUCCGUGUCAUCGUCGUCUUCCUUAGGUUCUCUAUCUACUUCUAGUAAGGGCUCUUUAUCCAGUCUCUCGUUUACUGAUAUAUAUGGGGGACAGCAAUACUCUUCAAGUGAGCACGUUGCUCUUAAUAUGAACGAACUUCAAAAGCGUGUAGAAAGACUACUUAAAUCAAACUCAGAGGCUGAGAGGCAGUAUGCUGAAAAGUUACGGUCUCUUGAGGAGAGCAGUGGUAAUUCAGCUGUAUUAUCUCAGUCUAUGUUAUCAUUAUCACCACGGAGCUCGCUUUCCUCUUUGUCCCCACCUACCUCUGCGUGUGAUGCUGUAUCUGGCAUGGACCCAUUAGCACCUCCUAGGUUCACCCCGGGAGAAGCAAAUGGAAAUGGCCCUCUCAGUGCUGUUGACCUUAGUUCAGUACACGACAGGUUAGCAGAGUUGUGUCUAACACCUGGUAGUGCUGAGGGCGGAUCCCACAAUCCUCCAACACCUCACCUUGCCAAGGCUGGGGUAAAACAAUUGGAAAGUUUAUCAGUUGGCAAUAAACAAGUGAAAGAAUUGACUGAAUACGAAUUUAACGUUGGAAAUACGAGUGUUAGUGGUGCAUUACUUGGAAGGGUUACUGGUGACAGUGAUUUGUUGUAUGAUAUGGUCGAGGAAGAGGAGGAAGGUUGUGGUGGGGGGAGUGAAGAUGGAAAUGCACGGACAAUGUCAGCGGCUGUCAGUGAUGAAAGUGUAGCUGGCGAUUCGGGAGUUUAUGAGGCGUAUCCUAAAGGAUCUGUUUCUCCGCCAGAGACACCUCAGGUGCAAAUAAAACUUAGGUAUAGCAAAGAAGAAAACCAACUAAAUGUAGGUGUAGAGAGAGCGAGAAAUUUGUCAAUGCUCAACACUGAGGAAGGAUGUAAAGUAUGUGUAAAAGUACAGCUUUUUCCUGCCGGGGCAGCAACGUUUACCUGCUGCACACAUCUUGAUGGGAACACAGAGAGACCCACGUUUGGAGAGUCCUUGCUUUUCCCUGUUCUCCUCGUAAACUCCAGUCUAAAAAAAACCUUACAAGUUAAUGUGUGGGCUGUUAGUGAUACUAAUGAAACGUUUGAUGAAGAGUGUGUGGGUUAUGCUCAAAUAAGUUUAGCAGAUUUCUCGCUAGACACGCCACAAACGCGUUGGUACAACAUAUUAAACUUUGCCAUGCUUAGACCUGAUCAUCUUACAAGGGAUGAUCUGUCUUCCAAGUCAUCAACGUUAAGAUCUUCCGUUUCAACUUCGAAUGUUAAGGAGGAAAGCAGUGAUGAGAGUACCAUCAUAUCUUCCCAGACCUCUACCUUAACCCGUAAUUUGGGACCUGAGGCCUUGCGAUUAAACCUUCAUCUUACUUCAGAGGACUUUGAACAUGUGAUAGAUUCAGACGAUGAUGACGAAGAGGAAGAGGAAGAUGAAGAACCUGAAGAAUGCCAAGAAGUUGUCAUGGAAGAGGCUUUGGAAAAUGCUGAGGAUACAGCUGUUGAAGGCGACUCCACUGAUCAGCUGGUGGAGAUGGCUGAUAAGGAGACCAACACAGAAUGCAUGUUCAUGCCUCUGUCGGCCAGCUUAGCAGGCUCUCGGACAUCCCUGGCUGCGUCCAAGAUGGAUGCCACUCAACCCAAGCCAGGGAUACCUGUCAUUAAGAGGUCUCAAACCUUUACCCCUUCGGCAGCCGUUGGCAAGAGCAACUACGUAUGUCGGCUUAAUCGCAGUGAUAGUGACAGCUGUGUGCCUAUGUAUAGACGAGCACCUUUCCAGCGGGGUACUGCCGAACGCCGAUCUUUAAGAUGGAAAGGUCGCUUAGGAGGAUCAUUAAGAUUGUCUUCAAGGUCAUCUGGAUCAGGGAUGAAAGGUGGCCGAACAUCUCUUGAUCUUGAGUUAGAUCUGGCAGCACAGCGUCGACGGUUGCAUCAGCUUCAUGAAGAAUUAGAUGGAUUGCGAAAUAUGAAGAGCCAGCUGGAAGGGGUAAAGGGCUCUCCAGAUCCACCUUCCUGGUUGUCUGAUCAGAACACUAUGACAAGUGUUUUAAGCCAAGCUACGAAAGGUGGUGGCGUGAAGUCUCCAGAAGAUCGAAGGAUGGAAAAAAUGCUUAGGAAAACUUCGCGUGAAAUUCAUAAGCUUCGUAAUUCAAAGACACCCAGAGGACAGCCAGAUGUUGUCUCUUUCAAGUGA